CUGUCAGGUUGCUGCUAAGGAAGCCGCUGGAUUGGCUGUGGUUUCGACGGCGUCCCGGCGAUAAGACGAGGAGGGAGGUGUCGGUGUUUGCGGAGAGGCGAGGAGUAUUUGUACAGAAUGUCAUCAGAUGAGGAGAAAUGCUCACCUCCAGUUUUGCAAAAUGGCUCCGACCGAGGCAGUUCUGUCUCUUCAGAUCUUCAGAAAACACUCAUGAACUCUUCCAGCAUUCUUUGUACAAAGGCUUCAAACAACGUAAUGAGAAGCUGAAAAUCUGAAGAAACAUUUUUUCUUGAAAGAUUCUCUUUGUAGCUCUCUCUCAUGAGUGCCGCUCUCACUUUAAUGCAAAUUAAUCCAAUAUCAAAACAUCCAGAGUUCUGGGGCCCCAGAUUCCCCAGUGUUCCACUCUCAGUUCUGGCCCCUGUUGCCACAACAUUCAGCACCUGCUGCUGCCCAGGACCUGGACAGCAAUAGGUACAUUGACUGCAGGAAGAGUAUGAAGAACUGCUGCGUUAUGCUAUAGUGACUCCAAAUAUUGAAUCAAGUGCUUCACAGCCAUCUCAUUCUAAAAGAGAAGUGAUGCCAGAUAUUAGAAUUCCUACUGUAAUUGAUGACAGUCUUCAAAACCCAGCAGGAAAUAGCCCUGCAGUAAGAGAAACGAGGAUGGAAGUUGGAAAAGGAUGUGAUUUAAAUAUUUCAGUCCAUUCAAAGACAGAUGGGUCAUCAUCAGUGUCAUCCCCAAGGAAGUCACCUCACCCAGUCAUGGAUUUUUUCAGUUCGAAUCUUUUGGUUGACUCUUCCUCACCAAGGUCUAAUUCUAGUCCUGUAGAUACCCAUGAAAUAGUUGUGACUGAUUUUCUUAUCUCUGAUGAAAAUCUUCAAAAGAUGGAAAAUGUGCUUGAUCUUUGGAGUUCAGAUCUUAAGACAAACAUCAUAUCUGAACUAAGUAAAUGGAGACUUAAUUUUAUUGACUGGCACCGAAUGGAAAUGAAAAAAGAGAGAGAAAAACAUGCAGCAGAUAUAAAACAACUGUGCAACCAGAUCAACAGCUUGAAGGAGCUGCAAAAAACCUAUGAAGUCUCCAUUGGGAGAAAAGAUGAGGUGAUUUCUAGCUUGUCUCAUGCCAUAGGCAAGCAAAAGGAAAGGAUAGAGUUGAUGAGAACAUUCUUCCACUGGCGAAUCAGCCAUGUCAAAUCCAGACAGGACGUUUAUGAAAGUAAAUUAGCUGACCAGUACUUCCAGAGAACUUUACUGAAGAAAGUCUGGAGAGGCUGGCGGGCCACAGUACAGAAGCAGUGGAAAGAAGUGGUGGAACGAGCUUGCCAAGCAAGGGCUGAGGAAGUUUGUGUCCAGAUUUCCAACGACUAUGAAGCCAAAGUUGCUGUGUUAUCUGGAGCUUUGGAAAAUGCAAAAGCUGAGAUCCAAAGGAUGCAGCAUGAAAAAGAGCACUUUGAAGAUUCCAUGAAGAAGGCGUUCAUGAGGGGUGUGUGUGCGUUAAAUCUUGAAGCCAUGACUAUAUUUCAAAACAGAGGUGAUACAGGGACAGACUUCACAAGUAAUAAAAGGGAAGAGUACGGUCCUGGUGUUCAAGGAAAAGAACACUCCUCCCAUUUGGAUCCUUCAGCUCCUCCGAUGCCCUCAUCGGUUGCAGUGCCGCCAUCCCCACCAGCAGCAGCCCUGGGAGCCACCUGUGCUCCUGCCUUUCCCUCUGCUGCUUCCGUCACCUCUGCCGGGGCCACUUCCACUUCCUCCGUUCACCUUCCUGUUUCUGCUCCUCAUGGCGCUGGACUGACAGCGACAGCUUCUGCUGCACAGGAAGAAAUGUAUGUGCCCAGGGUUGUGACAUCAGCACAACAGAAAGCUGGAAGAACAAUCACAGCCCGGAUCACAGGGAGAUGUGAUUUUGCUUCAAAAAAUAGAAUCAGUAGCAGUUUAGCUAUAAUGGGAGUUUCUCCUCCCAUGAGCUCCGUCAUUGUGGAAAAACAUCAUCCGGUCACAGUGCAAACCAUUCCUCAAGCUGCUGCAGCAAAAUAUCCCCGGACCAUUCACCCUGAAAGUAGUACCUCAGUUUCCAGGUCUCUUGGAACCAGAUCAACUCACACCCAGUCUCUCACAAGCAUUCAGUCCAUAAAAGUGGUUGACUAAAAUGAAUAUGUUUAUAUUGAGGUCUUUUAAUUCUUCUGGUUUUACCAAGAAUUAGAAGUCUUUAGUUUUUAAAAUUUCAUAUUCUUAGAACAUCAUGGAUACAUCAUGUUCAUUUUUUCAAAAUCACAGGAGACUUUUUCAAGCUGUACCAUCCUUUGUAACUAUAUGUAGGUUUAUUUUAAUGUUAUUUUUUAUUUAAGCAAUUAAGUAAAACUUUUUUAA